AUGACUAUGAUCUGUUAACUAAAAACGGAAACAAUCUAGUACAUAUGUACAUCGAACUUUUCGACCAUUUGUACCGACUCCACCGCACACGAUAGUUGCUGCGUUGAAAAGCUACGCGUCGCUAGUGGUAUCCUUGUUUUGAUAGACCAUCAGUAUUCUCCCACAUUCGCAUCCACCGCACUCAACGGAGUUCCGGCAGUGACAGCUACGACCUCGCUGAAUUUGCUCCACAGCGCAUGUCCUUUUCAGCGUAGCCGAAAGCCGCCCGAAUCCGCACCGGGAGAACGAGAGAAAAUGCGAAAAUCUACUCGCGCUCGCAUGGGAUAACUGGAGCCAAAACAAGGUGUUGAGGGUUUCCCUUCCAUGAACGAACGACGACGGUGACGUUGGGCAAGGUUUGAUGCUGCUCGGCCCGGGGAGGCUGCGAUUUGUUGUCAGCUGAUGGGUUUUGGGGCUUUGGAAGAGAAUCGAGUGGCGAUGUGCGCUGAGAGUUGGAUCAGAGCGUGAAAAUGAGGAGCAAAUAGGAGUGGGAUUCUAGAGUGGAGCUCUGUGUCGGGUUGGUCCUGGUUGGACGAAGAUUUGUGGGCUUCAAGCAGUUUCAGCGUGACAUCUAUGCCUGUCGGACGUGCCCUCGGAUUUCCACGGUAGUUUUCCGUUGUCGGUCGAACGGUAUUUUUUUUCUCGAUUUUCCCACGAAUUCGAAACAUUUUUGAUACGCGGAGUGCAGUUUGGACGUGUGUCGGGGUGAAGUGGAGGAGCUGAUUGCAGUGAAAUUGGCAGAGAUUUCUGAGCCACGGUAGCCGGGCAACUGUAAAGGGAGUUGCACCACGGUAGGAUUGGUGUUGUAGCCCAGCAAAUUGUAUCAAAAGAAAGGUGUUUUCCCCACAGUGUAAAGGGAGAUUUUUCGGGGGGGUUGGCCUCCCUCUCUCAUGGUGUGAAACAAGUGAUGUUGCUUUGGUGAAGAGAUGUGAGUGCUUAGAAGUGGGUGGUGCACGGUGAUGCCAUGGUUAUUAAAUCGAUGACGUCGGUACGAGCAGUAUUGAUGCUGCGGCCACUGUUGAUCCCGGUUGUGGUGAUGGUAAUAGAUGCUGGUUCGCGUAGCAGAACAUCGUCAGUAGAAGUGGCAAUUCCUGCUUGUCGUAAUCAUUAAGCGGCAGUUGGUCCUACUCGGUUUAUGGUCGCUUGGGCUCCAAUGAACGGUUGAAUGAUACUGCUUGAGUAACUACGAGUAUGGUGGGAGAUUAUUACUGGUGCAUCGUACGUACAAUCGAAACAACUGUCCAUAUGAGCCUGUGUGGAUUGGUGCUAUAGUAUUGUCGAGGCUAACUAACGUGUUUAGAAAAAUUUGAACGAGUAGCAGUUACAACCAUUAAAGUAUUGAUAGAGCCUAUUUCGAACAAUCCAAUUCUACCACAAAGGUCCUAAUACUUUCAAACUGCUGUGUUAUAAGCAUGUAGACAGUGUUGUUAAUUUCGAUUUGGGAAAAUGUUCCGAUGAUGCUAAUCGUGCACCAGUAGUGGAGCAGCUGGCAUCUAUUGAUAGUUAUUCGCGGAAAAAUGUUAUGCGAUACGAAUUCAAUGAGCAAAUGAGGAUUAAAACGUGAAUGGGACGUGUUAUUGGUGCGAGUUUGCGGGUCAGUUUGGUCCAUUAAGAUCAACUCGGCAACAUCAUGUCGCUAUUGUACUAAUCUAAGAAUAAGACCCGGUGUAUCCAUACUCAGAAAAAGUUCUCGGAAAAAUUCAAAUUAUUCACCAAAUUCCAUCACAAAAUAAAUAUGCCAUACCCCAAAGUACCAACGAAGCAUGCUUUAAGGAUCCAACAGUGUGUGCCAAAACGGAAAUGAAAAUGAAACCAAUAAACGAAAGUUGCUGACGAGAUAAAAAAUUAAUUUAUAGUGAUUCGGUGGUGAAAGCCAGUCAUAGAAGAGGCCGAAGAAAAGCGAUAAAAAGCGAUGAAAAUUGAUUGUCCACCAGUGUUCUGUCAUCGUCACCACUAGGGAUAUUAAGUGGUGGCUUUUGGCCAGUGCCCAUUCUCCCGGGGUGAAUGUGUGUCUGUGCGUGCUUAACCCGGAGUGAAAUUGGUCAAACUUGCCCAAACCAACGACAACGAUGACCGGGAGCUGUGAACGAUUAUAGGAUGAAAAUUUGUGUCGUCAUGGUAUACUAAAGCCAAGCGAAGAACCAACAGCGGCUCGACUCGUCACAAAACAACAACCCGGCGCUCGUCGGAAUGAGGAAAAACUUUUUCCCAUGGAACGAACCACCACCCCAGGAAGAUUGAAAAUGGAAUACCCUCAUAAAACAACAGGGUAGCAGUGUGUAGUAAGCCGAGUCUCGGAUACAACGGCGAGGCACUAGGAUCACCCAGGAAAAAAAAGUUUGUUCCAGCAGCAACCAGCACUUGGCGCAGCGGUGUUACGUAUUAUGGGAAACUUUCCCGUCGGAGCUACGCGCGGAACCUGUGCUCACGGAACUCCCUCGAGAGGGAGAUGCAAAUGACGACGCUCGUUGAAAGUCGAAGUCGGUGGCAUCGUCGGGUAGAACCGGAGGUGGAGACAUUUCAGCCAUCACUGACGCUGAGCGGAGGAUAUCGGCCCCAAGUGGAAGGACCCUUCGACAGAGGUGGGAAAAUUGCGAAGGAAACAGCUAGCAUACACAAGACAAGAGAGAGAGGUGAACAAAUUCAAGCGCCAAAUUGCAAGUGAUGGUAUUAUUGGAAUAAUUUAUAAUAAUAUAAUCCACUUUACCCUUGGCUUGGCGUUGGAUCAAGCUGCGUCCCUAUGCUGCGAAAAAGUGGUGCAAGAAAAUCAAGAAAAACGAGUGCUCGAAUGGGAAAAGUUACCCAAGUGGUGAAAUAGUCGUAAAUUUGUGUAGAAAGUUGCAGCAAGAAUGAGGGUGAAAGUUUAAUCACCUGUUGGAAAACAAAAAGCGUAUCAAAAGUGCAAAAGGCGAAAGAACGGGUGAUUUUUCUCAGCUGGACAAUUUACGCUUAGUCGCUUAGACUAGAUGGAACAAUAUUGAAAAUUUGUGUGUGAGUGAACAGGGAAAAAAGUUUUUUUUAAAUAUUACACCUAGUGAAAGUGACGUUUGAGCUUCGGGGUUCGGUGAUGCGUUUGAGUCUUUUUUUCUCUGGAGCAGAAUACGACCAAAGUCGAUUAUGGUAAUCUACCGGUACCCUAAGCCGGAAAGUUCUGAAUUUUUUACCGGCAGGACGGUACUACACGAGUCGUUGGGUCAACGCUAAUGCAACAUCUGCUCCGGUGCUUGCCCGACCGAAAGAACAAAAGUUGCGAGCGAAGAACAACCAUUUCGAAUCGUCGGACAAAAAUUUGGACCUAUCAAAGACAACGAAUGCCGAGCCGGGGAGCAGGUGCCAAGAUGGUGAAUUUCAUCGAGUUUCCUGUGCAGGUGGUCUGCCUGCUUUUGGCAGUUCUGGUUCAACGGGCAACAAGUGUUAAAGAUGUGCCGCUCGUCACCAUGGAGGCCCUGGUUGGAGAAACCAUCUAUCUGCCCUGCAAUAUUAGCACACACGAGCCCGGGGACAGCGUGGUCCUGGUCCUAUGGUACCGGGAAGAUAAGGGCUCGCCCAUCUACAGUGCCGACACCAGAGGCCGGGACGUGACGUCAGCGAAACGGUGGUCCGACGAUUCCGUGUUCGGCAAUCGGGCGUACUUUCUGUUCGAUAAGCAGCCGGGCGAGCUUGCGGUGCAAAAUGCCCGUGAAGCCGACAGCGGUGUGUACCGCUGUCGGGUGGAUUUUAUCGUAGCACAAACUAGGAAUAGCAUCGUAAAUUUAACAAUAAUUGUUCCGCCCGAACGGGUUGUGAUACAAGACCAGCUGGGCAUCGAUCGGACAACGGUGGCCGGCCCCUAUAGCGAGGGCGAUAUUGUAACGCUGCGAUGUGACGUCUACGGGGGCCGACCGGUGCCAACGGUCAGUUGGUUUCGCGACGGUAAUCCGCUGGUGGCCGAAUCCAAGAACAUGCCAUUGAGCAAGCACCUCCGCAGCGAGAUUGUAUUGGGACCACUGAGCCGGCAGGACCUGCACUCGAAACUAGUGUGCAAAGCUAGCAACCACGAACGGGCCACCGCGGUGGAGCAGUCCGUCCAGAUCGAUAUGAACUUUGCUCCCCUCAACAUAAGACUGAUUGGUGCACGCCAGCCCCUAUCGGCCGGUCAUCGGUACGACCUGCUGUGCCAAAGUGCGGGCUCCCGGCCGGCGGCCUCCAUAACAUGGUUCCUGGAUGGAAUUCGGCUCGAUAGGAGCAAAGAAACGACGUCCGCCGAUGGUAAUCAAACCACGAGUACGCUGUCGAUAAGCCUUAACCGAACCGAUGCGGGCAAGUACCUGUCCUGCAAAGCGUACAACUCUUACGUGCCAACCACCGAAGCACUGGAGGACGGAUGGAAGCUGGAUAUACAAUAUGUUCCUGAUGCGCACGUUCGGCUCGGUAGCUCGCUGGAUCCGGACUCGAUCCGGGAAGGUACGGACGUCUAUUUCGACUGCAUAGUGACAGCUCAUCCCGCUGUCUACAAGGUCGAAUGGAAGCACAAUAACAAAACACUGCCGCACAACAUAUCGCAGGGCGUUAUCAUAAGCAACCACUCGCUGGUGCUGCAGGGAGUUUCCCGAACCACGGCCGGAAAUUACUCCUGCGUUGGGUUCAACGCGGAAGGCGAAGGCAGCAGCCCGGUGUUCGAGCUGAACGUGAUGUACGCUCCAACCUGUGCCCCCAAUCAGCAACGAGUGUACGGCGUAGCUAAGCAGGAAAACGCCGAAAUCAGGUGCAUCGUGGACGCUAAUCCUCCAGAUGUUGAGUUCAAAUGGACAUUUAAUAACUCGGCCGAGAGCAUCGACGUACAGGCGAGCCACAUCUCCCGACUAGGAACCUCGUCGGUAGUAUCGUACACCCCGAUGACUGAAUUAGACUACGGUACGCUGCUCUGCGUGGCAACCAACCGAAUCGGCAAGCAGAGACAGCCCUGCGUGUUCCACAUAAUUGCUGCAGGUCGGCCAGAUCAGGUGCACAACUGUACAUUGGCCAAUGUCUCCAUGACGUCACUGAACGUGAGGUGCUUCGAGGGAUUCAACGGAGGUUUGGCACAGUCGUUCUUUCUAGAGCUCCGGGACACUCACACUCUGGAGGUUCGUUUCAACAACACCUCACCGAUUCCAAGGUUCACAGUGCCAAAUCUUCACCCCAGUGCUGUGUACCAGCUGGCUGUGUAUGCCUUCAACUCCAAAGGCAAAUCCGAACCGUACGUGAUGAGUGCAGCAACACAGAGGCUGCCGGAGAAGCAGAUGAACUCCGAAAAGGCAGAGCGACCCAAAUCACCCCUGCCAUUGACACCGACCAUGUCGAUUGCCAUCGGUCUUGGGGCUGCCGUUCUGAUUGGAAGCUGUGCAAUUGUUUUGGCUCUGAAAUUUCCCUGCGGAGCCAACCGUCGACGAAACAAGGAAACAGCCCAGAGCACGACCGUGAGAACUUCUUCGCCGGGCCCGAGUGAUAAAAGUGUGGCAAGUAAGGAGUACGACGGCAACGAAAGCGACGAAAAGAACCCAGAUGUAAUUCCCGAUACGAUCGAUUCCGAUGACCAGAUGGAGUACAUUCGACGUCGACAGCACAUAUCCACAAUUGACACGAGCAGUCCGAGUCGAUUGCUGCUGACCACUACGGCACAGAGCCAGAACUUCAUGGGGUCCACGAUGGCCCUGCACAACAAUCACACGGCCAGCCUGGGCUACUGCACUCUGAGGAACGGCGUGCCUCAACCUCCGGCAAACUCGGUGACUAACGUGUCCAUGAGUCAUGUGCCAAAUACGUUCACGUCAGCUUCGCACGUCACGUGCACCCUGCCAAGGCAUCCACCGAGUGCGGCGGGCGGUGGCAUUAUAAAUUCCGUUGGUCCAGCCGGUGCCCAUCAUUGGCCCUCGUACGGGGGAACCAUCGCUGGUGUGCGAAACAUGACGGCCAUUUCGGUGACCAGCAGUCAGCAAGUGGUGCCUCCUCCACCCUCGACGAUAGCAAUGCAGCAUCUCGGUGGACCGCAACCGAGGGCUCGCGUCUGCAUUGGACUACCCGAGGACGACGUGUCCGCCGAUACGCCCCUGAUGGUAAAACGGGAAAGCACCGUAUGACUAUAGGAAUCUCACAGGGUCGGUGAUACGGCCCUGUGAGGCUCAUUCUCCGAAUGCGCACUUCCAGUCGGCGCCAACGCUAGGGAACGAGGCAAGACUUAAACAAUAAUUAGAAAUUGUUAAAAUAACGAAACGAUUCCGAAGCUGUUUAUAGAGAAGGAGAAAUCCGAAUAUUUCCCUCGGCGAAGACGCAUCUCUUUGUUCUUCGCCGCGGGGGCAACUGUUUCCUCGGUGAUCACUUUACGUUUCUGUUUUACGUUUUCGACCGUUUUCUACUGAUGUGUAAAAUAAAAUCCAAAAUAACGAUGUUAUUUACCAUUAUAUCAUUUUGUGAUAUGAACGCUGUGAAAUAAUUAAAUCGAUAUGCUCAAUUUUGAGUGUGACCCAGACUGAUGGGGAACAGUGGCAAGAAAGGAAAGGGGCGGAGAGUUCUGAGCAGUUUCAGGUUGAUUUGCGGGGGAAAUUUGAACCUACCAGGUCUACGUUCAUCUCAAUAUUUAAUAUAUUAUUUACCAGGAGAUUUUUUUUUUAAUUCUUAUUAUUUUUUUGUUUAGUUCUCAAUUAUUUUAUAAAACUUUAUGUUCCUCGCUGGUGAUACCGUAACGACGCAACCCACGUUCCAUUCCAAGGGUUUGGCAGGACCAUUGUUAUAACACUGACAACUUCGUCAUAUCACAGAUGCUCAUUAAGGGAAGGACAAUUAAAGGGAAGGUCACUAAUAAUUGCUCACAUCACAUUUCCUGGUAUCGGUUGAGUCGACCAACAAGACGUGUAAUGUAGUCGGGCUCUGAUGUAAAGAACAUAGGUUCUCCCAUCAGGAGUAAGAUUGAACAGACUUACCGGUGACUAGACAGUAGUACCAGGGGGUGAGGGUUGAGCAUACUUUUUAUUCGGACCACUAUAAUUGAACUUUUUAUUUAUAAAGUCAUUGGAAUACUUUUUUUUGUGUCGAAAGCUGAUCUAAUUUAUACUUUUCAUCGAAUGAGUUCAUUGCAUUUUCUCUCGAUUUAAAUAGAACUCCUUCGGAUAAAUUUCUCCCAUUUCACCUGGAACUGCUCUUUCUUCAGUACUGUUAAUUCUGACUAAAGGCCACAAUAAAACGACGGAAAUGCGCCGAGAAAAGGAAAAAAACGGACGUGCGAAUGAGGAAUCUGUAAAUAAUAAUCUAGUUUAUGACCAAUUCGCUCGCCCGUCGCGCUGUGCUGCGCUGAUGCGCUACCAGAAUCUCCCCCCUCAGAGAAGAUAUACACAGAAGCAAACUCGAAUAAACUCAAGGUCGUAAUCUUUCCUGUAAAUAUGUAUAAAGAAAAAAAAAAAAGCUCGCGGAAAAAAGUAACGAUCUGAAGCUGAAAUGAAGAGCGACGAGAAAAGUUUUUCCUCCUGAUUUGAUUUCGCGUGAACGAACCUCUCGCAUUUCACACCCAAUAACACGGCACUCGAUGGCCCCGGUAGGAGGUGUGUGCGAGGUGUGGGGAAAACUGGCUGCGGUAAGGGAAGAUUCAAAUAUUACAUCCAUCGUUUUUCGGGAUUUCUAGACCCCCCCCCCCGCCCCCCUCUGUUACGCACUUUUCCUAUACCCACUACACGUACUGUCACACUUUUCUAGACCCGCCCCCUCACCCAAAUGUUGGACGUAAUUUUUUAACGUUCCCUAAGGCGUGGGACUCUGGGACUGAGGAAAUGAGAUUCCUCCAACUGCUGGGGCGUGCUGGGAUGAUGGUAGCGCGCGCGAGUAGGGUAUCCUUCGAGAGGGGUUGUCGGUCGGUCGGUUGGAUGCGUUGUUGUUGGCAACCGGCCACUGCCACUCACUACCAUUCGGCGACGCGCGACGUCGUUCGUUUUGUACAUUAGUUGGAAAGAAACCAGCAGCCCGCCCCGUCAUCGCUGGAAAAAAGGUCUGAAAUGCGACGAAGAAGAGUUAAUUUAGUUUUAGCUAGAAAAUAAAAUUUAACAAUGAGUCCGGAAGUUGACUGCGCUGACUGGUUGGUUGGCCGAGCGGUGGAAAAAGAGCAUCCUUGCGGCCCGGGGAGAUAAACUGCAAUGGUUUACAGUUCCAGCUCGGAUUAUGAGGAUUUGUUGUGUUAGUUUCAUGUGAGUCCAUAAGUAUUUGUUUUAAUUGGAUAGAUAACAUGCCAUAUGUUUUUUUUUGUUUGAGAUUUUAUUAUAGUAGAUUUUUUGGCCCAUUCUUAAUUCAUCAUUGACACACAUAAAAAAACACAAAAAAAGUAAAUGAUCACAAAAUUGAGAGCAAAUUCUACUUCAUUAGAAAUAAUUUAUGUUUUUCAAAUAAAAAGUAUCAUCUGAAUAAGAGUCCAAUAAUUAGUUUAAGUUUGGCACUUACUCGUGUUGAAUUCGUAAAAUAUUGAUGACAACAAAUAUGCAGAAUCUUUUUGCCUUUCUCGUACACCAAAGUGUACUGAAAGGCUAUAUGUUCACUCAAAAAACGUAUUUUCGACAGAAGGCUAGGAGAUUCGAGUCACAUAUACCAGUUAACUCAGUUCGACGAAUUGAGAUGAUGUCUGUAUGUGUGUAUGUAUGUAUGUCUGUGCGCAAAAAAAGUUAACUCACUUUUAGGGCACUUUCCAUUGGCCGAUUUUACGGAUUAUAGCAGUGGUGCUAAUCCUGCGGCCCGCGGGCCGCAUGCGGCCCUCCAAGCCUUAAGAUGCGGCCCACGGAGUACUUUAGGACGAAUCGAAAUUUUUGAACGAUUAUUUGAAAUAACUCGUUAAAUUAAUUAAGAAAUCAAACAAAAAAAAUGCUGAUCGAUUUGCACAGUGUUGAACACAAAUUAAAUGGUAAAUAAACAAAAAGAACAAGUAAGAUUCGAAAUCGCAACUCCGAAAUAUUUCGGCAUUUCAGCAAAGUCACAAAGCCAGCUUAUAGUUAUUUAUAAGUGGUACGAAUAAAAUGAAAGUUUGUUAAACAUGCAAUCUUGAAUCAUUUAAAAAAAAGUUACAGUUUUCAAGCGCAGUCGAUGCAACGCUGAGCAAAUAUUUCACAUUUCGCCUUCCCGAAGAACACAAAAACACAAAGCACGAAGUUUUUGACAAAAUUAUCAACAAAUCUCAACUUGGUUGCCAAUAUUGUUUAAUUUUCGCUGCAUGUUUAAAUUUCCAUUAUAAGACUCACACAUUUUUCGAAACAAAACUUACGAAUCCAAUUUGAAUUGUCCAAGCGAAACUCCUGACCGAACUUAAAGAAAAAAAUCUCAGGCGAGAUUCAUAAAGUGUCUCCUGUGCCCUUUUGGAGAAGCUUUUGGAUACAUUUUUGGAGGAACUCCAGGAAAUAUUACACAGCGUAACAAAAAAUAACUUUUGGUCUGUCUCAAGAGCAAACUUAUGUGUCUCUGACAGAUUUUGGGCCACUGAAUCCGAAUCCGGGCUCAGAUUUGCUCCAACACGUCACAAUUUUGAGCUAUACCUCAAUUUAUAGGGCAAAAUACUGGAUUUUGGGCUUAUUUGACUGCUAGCCAUUAAGCAUGGAAAUAUAUUUUUCAAUCAAUCAAAGGAUAAAUUGGUCAAUUAACAUCUAAAUUAACGACUCAUGCAAAAUAUUUCGUUUUACCAAAUCAAAUUUGAUAGUUUUAAGCGAUUUAUGUUAGGUACGAUAUUUCCCAUACAAGUCACCCUCCAAAAAUUGCAUGCAAGUUUUCAUACUAACAUUAAAUGCUUAAAUCUAUCAAAUUUGAUUAGGUAAAACAAAAUAUUUUGCAUGAGUCGUUGAUUUAGAUGUUAAUUGACCAACUAACCUUUUGAUCGCUUAAAAAAAAUAUUUCCAUGCUUAAUAACCUGCAGUCAAAAAAGCCCAAAAUCGCAUAUUUUGCCCUAUAAAUUGAGGUAUAGCUCAAAAUUGUGACGUGUUGGAGCAAAUCUGAGCCCGGAUUCGGAUUCAGCCGCCCAAAAUCCUUCGGAGACACAUAAGUUUGCUCUUGAGACAAAAAAAUGUUGCACUGUGUUAUUGGAGAAAAUUUUUAAGCAAUUCUAAGCGAAAUAUAUGGAGAAACUCAAAUCGUCCUGGAGUAAAUAAAUCUGAAGAAACUCAAUGAGAAAGUUGUGGCGAUACUGCAUGGAAAUUAUAGGAGCAUCUCUUAGAAAAAUGUUCUGGUGCCACUCUAACAGGAAUUUCUUAAACAACUUUCCUCGAACAACAAAAAGAGAAUUUUCAGGAGUAACUACAAACAAGAUUCCAGGACCAACUGCAUCAAAACACAAAAGAUGUCUAGAACUCCUGAGAAAAAUUUGAACAAUAAGUUUGAAGCAAUUUAUAAGGAAGUAUUUCAUCAACUUUAGAAGAGGCUUAUGGAAAGAAUUUACUAAAAUCUUCAAGAAACCCCUGGUAAUUUUUCGGAAAAAUCCGGAAAGAAUUUACUAAAAUCUUCAAGAAACCCCUGGUAAUUUUUCGGAAAAAUCCGGAGGCUAUUCUAGGAAAAAUUCUUGGAAACGAUUAAUGAGGAAUUCCUGAAGUAACUUCAAGGGAGUUCCAAAGUCAAAUCUAAGAGGAGUUCUUGGAGGUGUUCCAAGAAAAUUCUAGAAAAACUAAAAGAAACUUCAAGAAAUUUCUCGAAAAUCUUCUGGAACAACUCUACAAGAAAUCUCAGGAGAAAUUUGAGCAAACCUUUUUGGAGCGAUUCAAAAGAAAUUCUUGUAAAAGCUGCUUGACAAGUUCUUGAAGUGGCUUCAAGGCAAUUCUAGGGGCAACUUCUAAAUUGUAUGUUUGAAUUUCAAUUUGAAGCUCAAGCGUUUUUCUCAACCAAACUUAGAAUCUAAAUUGAAUUUCACAAAGAGCAAUAGAUUAUAAAGUUUGACCCUUACACAAGUUCUGAACAGUUCAGAUUUUUAAUAAAUAUGCUUAAGAAUUGUUCGUUUUGUUGUUUUUGUGUAUCGAUGUUUUAUGCGGCCCGCAGGUCGAUCCCGAAUUGCAAAUUUGGCCCGCGGUAUCCUCCAGCCUGAGCACCACUGGAUUAUAGCUUGAAUUGAACCGGAAUUUUACCCUAUUAUUUGCUGUUGACAAUGGUGCGGAUCGGUUAAAGCGUUCCGGAGUUAUGGCCAUUUUAGUGAUCCGGACCAGCACCUGUGAACUGGUCAUACAUAUCUAAAACUAAACCAAAUUUCAUCAUGCGACACAUCAAACUGUGCCGAAUUUUGUUAACUUUAGCAUGGUUGCUGAAUUUAAUGCAGAAAUCAUCCAUGAAAACCACAAAACCACGAUGUCGGCUAAAAAUUCAACAUGGUGACCAAAAAAACAAAAUGGCGACCCACAACUAGAAGAAACGGCUGUUUUGAGGAGUUUGAGGCUCUGAAACCAUACAAUAUGGGGAUAGGGAAUCACGCCACUUGGGCAGUGGCUUCUAUUUUCGUCUGUUUUCCGCUGUAACACAUUCAAAUUUGAACCAAUUGACACAAUUUUUGGAAUGCGGUGAGAUUGGUAUAGUAACUACCCGUGUACAACAUUUCAAGUCAAUUGGUUCAAAAUUGACUGAGUUAUAGUGGGAAACAGACGAAUAUAGAAGCCACCGCCCAAGUGGCGCGAUAUCCUACUUGGUAUGGGGAAGAUGUCCGGAGUCCAAAAAUGGGAACCAAAAUAUUCAAGACGGCGGCCAAAAGUCCAAGAUGGCGGCCCAAACUUCAAUAUGACGGUUGUUUUAAGAAGGUUUUGGCUCUAAAACCAUGUGAUAUGGGUAUAUUUGGUAUAGAGAAGAUAUCCGAAGUUGAAAAAUGAAAUAUGCAAGAUGGCGGCCAAAAAAUCCAAGAUGGUGGCCCAAAAUUCAAGAUGGCAGCUGUUUUUUUUUUUUUUUUGUUUAGAGAGACUUUACCGUACUCGGCAUUCGUCUCUUUAUGGCAGCUGUUUCACGGAGUUUUUGGUUCUAAAACUUGCAUGGUUGUAGAGUAGGCCGUCCCUUAUUUUGCAAAAUUUAGAAAUGUUAUAAGUUCGUUAGUGGAAAAUGAUCGUUUUAGCUAAAAAAUGAUCGUGUCAAAAUUUGAAGCCCGUAUCUCAAGGCUAAGUGGUCCCUCAAGGGGCCUAAAGUUGUCAAAAAUUGUAUGAGACCAAAAAAACAUGAAAUUUUUUUCGACAAAACAAAUACGAUAUUCCUCUAAAACCGGUGAUUUUAGGACCCUAAAGGGCCAAAAAUGUGCUUAGAUUUGCGAUAUAUCUACUCGUUUCCAAGAUAUUGACAAAAAACAACUGAAAAAUCGGCAUUUUUGACCAUUAUUUUAGAUUCCGAAGGAAACAUAUUCUAUUUUGUUCAAUAACUCAAAAACGAGUAGAGAUAUCGCAAAUCUAAGCACAUUUUUGGCCCUAUAGGGUCCUAAAAUCACCGGUUUUAGUAGAAUAGCGUAUUUUUUUGUCGAAAAAAAUUUCAUCUUUUUUUGGUCCCAUACGAUUUUUGACAACUUUAGACCCCUUGAGGGACCACUUAGCCUUGAGAUACGGACUUCAAAUUUUGACACGAUCAUUUCUUAGCCAAAACGAUCAUUUUCCACUAACGAACUUAUAACAUUUCCAAUUUUUGCAAAAUAAGGGACGGCCUAUUGUAGAGCCAAAAACUGCGUAUAUUUUUCAUGGAGAAGACGUCCGAAAACCAAAAAGGGCGACCAGAAUAUAUUAGAUGGCAGCCCAAAAUUCAAAAUGGUAAUUGUUUUAAGGUGUUUUAGGCUCUUAAGCCAUGCAAUAUGGGUUUAUGGGUACCGUAAAAUGGGGUAACUUUGAUAGUUUUUCAGCGAAUUUUCUCAAUAUUUUUACAUGUAACAGUAUUUCCUCAUGUUUUAUAUUUUUAAAACAAGUACUGGGGUAUCAGUUAUCAAUUGCAAUUAAAAGAUUCGAUAAUCUGGAAUAUUUUGGAUAACUUUUAGUUUUUCAUAUAACCGAAAAUCAGAUUUUCAUUUUGGGGUAACUUUGAUAAUGCCCUAAAAACACAUCAAAUCUCAAAAAAUAAUCACAAAUUGAAAUCUUAGGAGUAUGAACAUGAUGAGAGAAGGCUUGUGGAAUAUAUUAGAUAGAAUUUUUAUAGCAAAACACUGAUUUUUUACUAAAUUCAACAUAUAAAAAUGAGUUUGUGGAGUAUUGAGUGCAAAACACAAUAAAUUUAGCUAUCAAAAAUCAUUAUCUUUGUAAUAAUAAAUGCUUAAUGGUACAUCAACAUAUGAUUACAUGCUAUUCAUGGUUAGUUUUCUUUUUUUGGGUUGUUUUUUAAUGUUUUAUAAACAAAUUUUGAACAACACACAUUUAUCUACAUGAUAUUACAAGGGCAUUGCAUACUUUUAGGCGUUUAUCAAUGUAUGGAGAUUAAUAUCCCAAUUUACAAAAUUGCUUCCAUUUCGUAAAAACACACUUCGUUAAGAGAUUCAAGGCCAGAUUUGGAAUCUACUAUGAUGAAUCUAUCGAGAAUAAGAGUCCAUUCAUUGAAAAAAUAGCUGUAACGAAGUCGUAUAGCAGAUUGUUUGAAGGGGUUGAUAAAUGACAAAAAUAUCAACAAUUUUUAUUUUUUGCCCAAAAAGUUGUACAUAAACUAGAUUUUAAUGAAAAUACGUCUAAGAUGAACUCUCAUAUGUAUAAAAUUGAUUUACGUUUACCUUUUUAUUAACUGGUUGAAGGAAUCAUAGUUAUAAGAUAAAUUAAACAAUGCCUGCCGCACUAUCAAAGUUACCCGCAUUAUCAAAGAUACCCCAUUUUACGGUAUAUUUGGUAUGGAAAAGAUGUUCAGAGUUCAGAGUAUCCAAGACGGUGGCUCAAAAUUCAAGUUGGCAUGGCAUCCGUUUUAAUGAGUUUUAGGUUCUAAAACCAUGUUAUAUGGGUAUAUUUGGCACGGGGACCAAAAUAUCGAAGAAGACGGCCCAAAAUUCAAAACGACAGCAGUUUUAAGGAGUUUUGGGCUUUGAAACUAUGCAGUAUAGGGAUAAUUUGAUUUGAUUUGUUAUGAAAAAAAAUGACGACGAUAGUAUCCAAGAUGGCGGCACAAAAUUCAAGAUGGUGACUGUUAGAAGGAGUUUUAGGCUCCAAAAUCAUGAAUCCCUGGCUGAAAGACAAAUCAAUCAAUCAAAAAAAAUAUCAAUCAAAUCAUUGAUUUGAUUGAUUUGUCUUUAUUAGAGAGACUUUCAGCCCUUGGCUGGUUCGUCUUUCCAAUCAAAUCAAUGAAUCCCUCCCGAGCAGAAGGGAAGAGCAACAGCAUAAUAAAAUGUGUUAUUUUGGAAAAAUAACUGAGUAGCGGAAAGAGUUAUUUUCAUGUUAUUCACAUAACAUAUCCUGUUAUAAACUUGUCUGUCAUAAGCGGCAAAAUAACAAAUAUUAUAACAAAAAAAUGUUCCUGGAAGACCUGUUUAAUAACAUGUUUUGUUAGUUUCAAUAACAACUUAAUAACAGCGAAUUUUGAAAAUAUUUCAAUAACAAAUUUUGAUAUGAGUACGUUAUUGAUAACAAUCCGAAAACAAAAUAUGCUUUUUUUCUGUUGCGAAUUGGAACUCCUCCAAAGUCCCAUAUGCAUUAAAUGGGAUACGCAACAAUAGGAUCUAUUGUUAAAUGUUUCAUUCAUAAUUGGGACGCUAUUGUUGUCGCAAGCGAUUUCUUAUCGAAAACAGAAACAAACAAUAGUUCUCGUUUAUUUUCCAAACAACUUACGAUGAAAAACUACCGUCGUUUUGAAACCCUGAAUUAGGUGGUUCAUUGUUUAUGAGAUUAAUUUACAUUAUUACCUCAUUGAUUGACACAUUUAUCCUAGUUAAUCUAAAUGGGCUCGAUGCAGUGAAAUCAAUAAAAAUAAAAUGUCUAAAAAUAAUCAAUGGAGUUCUUGAUGACUUAUUUUUUUACAUUUUUGGCGAAAAUGUGUUGUUCGUCGUUGAAUUCCACCAGUUGAUCCAAAAUGUUUCAUAAAAUGGCUAACACUCCAUUACACUCUCUAUUUUCGUAUUCAUACCUAACUGAAACUGGGACAAAAAACAGGUAUACUUUUCAAAGUGCUUAUAAAACAAAAGGCUGAUAAGUUGGCACUGUAACGUAAUGUCAGUAAGAAGAGGAACUGAUGACAAAAUAAUAUUUUCUCUUACAGUUCCUCACGGAAUGCUGUGAACAACGAAAAUUUCGAAUGGUGUAGUUUUGAUUACAAAGCUAGUUAUGUUGUAAUAUUAAUGAUCAAAUAUUUGUACUAGUCUCAAUGACACAAUAAUAACUGAACUUGUGCUACAAACAAAACAUGUUAUUGAAAUGUAAUUUAAAGAAAAUAUAUCAAGAGCACGAUCAUAACAAAAUAAGGUUGCCCAACAGAACAUGUUAUGGAACGGUGAUGACUUAAUAAGUUAAUAAUAACAAACCGGGAUAUAAAAACAGGUUUUGUGAUUCCGUUGUUAUUAUUUUGAUAUUUUCCUCUGCUCGGGCUAUAAUUAGUUAUGCGGAAAACGUCAAGACUCCAAAAAUAGUGACCAGAGUAUCCAAUCUGGCGAUCAAAUUAUCCAAAAUGGUAGCUGUUUUGAGGCAUUUUAGGCUCUGGUACUAUGUAGUAUGGGUACACAGUAAUGUUCCGAAUUAAAUGGACUCAUCUUGAUAAAAUUUGAAAAAUAGCUGCCUUUUUGUACUUAAAUACCGUAGCCGCUGCAAGUCGAAUAGCCAGAAAAACACAUACAUACGAUCUCAUAACUGACCAAAGCCAAAAUGAGGGUAAUUUAAACAAGCAAUAUCCAAUGCUUCGAUCAGCUUAUAAAACAUAACAUACUUUGUUUAGAUUGAAAGUAAUUGAAGUAGAUCUUGCAAAUAUACAGUAGCAGCAUUAGCUUAAUAUUUUACCAUAUCAAUCCUCGCAUCGUUUCAUAUGGACAUCUCACCUAACGUUUCAUAUGGACACAGGCACCUGGGGUUAGGGGCGAAGUGGUCCUGAUAUUUUGGAUGUUUGGUGAUCUCGUUGCCUACUCAUAGAACCUCCUGGGAGGACAAUAAGGUUGGUCGGAGGUCCCAUGUUGGUACUAAUGAGCUGAUUUUAUGCCUUGAUCCGCCGGCCUUCUGCACGUCUGAGCUCGACUGAUGCUUCCGGCAGUUCCACACCCUGAAAUCGGGAUGGAUUGAUGUUUCGAGCGGAGAAGUCCCCGCAUCACCCACCCCUGGCUCCCGAAGGACUGGACCUCUACGCGGGUAGAACGGGAAGAAAAGUGACAGGCUGAAGUUGAAGCAGGCAUUGGUAUUGGAAGUGGGAGGACUCCCACCCCCGGGGAACCCUGGACAACGAGUUCGCCACGCGGGGGAGAAAGGCGGAAUGCUCAACUGUUGAGCUGAAAUUUCCGUUAGAUCCUUGUAGAUCCCACCUCAGGCACCCUGGAUCAGAUCCGCCUCGCGUGGGGUAUCAAUGAAGUUAAUAAUCAUUCGUGUUUUAGCUGUCUGUCGAACAGAAGCAUGUAACAAACUGUCGCAUGCUAACUUCCGGCUAGCCAUUGCAUAGUUUUUCCGGGGAAUCUACAUUGUCCGUCUUCCAGAGAAAUCCAUCAAAACCGGAAGUUACUCGACGCGUUGUUUGUUCCAUGAUUGUUCGUGUCAAAACGAAAGUUACGCCAAUUAAAUCGCUGCCAAUUCCUCGACUAGAAUUGUAGGCCGUCGUUCUCGGAGUACAUUUAAGGAAGAUUGUUCAGAACUACCACAGGCUGCCGAUCGCACGAAGAAUUUUCCGGAGUGAUUUAUCAACAGUGUUGGAUUGGAUUCGCAGUAGAUAUCAAAAGAUGAGCCACUUGCGAGACUGGAGGUGUAUGACAAAUCGUUCAGCCUUACCUCGUUACCUGUAGCACGUCCUGUUUGUUCCUAGCUCUUCGAGGACCGCCGAUGGAAGUAUACAGUUACAACUGGAUUUGCCAUCAUGGAGCAAACGAAAGGUUGCAGUCUCAAAUGCAAAAUACAAACGAAGCAAUAGUGCUGACAUUCACCAGUGCACCAAUUCUGGUGGCGCUGGAUAAAGGAAUUCCUCCCAGUGGAGGACGACGGUGCAAGCCCUUGCUCUUUUCGUCGGAGAGUCAGCUAGAAAUACAUAAAUGGACAGAUGGAAAGGUGGAAGAGAUGUUUUUUGGCAAAGACAACACAACAGGGUUGAUGAUGAUCAACCUGGGCUUGUUAGGGGAAUAUCUGUAAGUAAAAAAGAAAAUCGUGUUAAGAAUCUGUAAAAGGAUGCAAAUUCUUAGUGGAAUUCAAAGGAACAGUUUUUAACACGAUUUUCUUUUUACAACAGGGUUGUUCUUAAAGCCUUGGUAUAUUCGCCAACCGGCAUUCUACGUAGACCAGCAGUGAAACUACCCGUGCUGGACAUCUUGUCAUCAGAGCCGUAGCGUGCGGUUGGCCAGGUUGGCCCCGCCAAGGGCGCCAGCCUCAGAGGGCGCCGUAAAGGUCUUAGGCUAAAAGGAAACAGGAUGACGCUGUUGUUUUCUUGUACCAUGUUGUCAAGAUUUCCCUAAUUUCUAAGAUUGAUCACACAGAAAAAAAUAUGUAAUUAAAAUUCAGCGAGAAAUCAUGCACAUAAAGGGAAUGCUAGAGUUAGUGCAUAUUUACAUGAGAUAUCAUGUAAAAUUACGUUACGAUCGUGUAAAUUUCCGCUAAUAGUCGCGUAACCGGUUGGAGUCCAUAAUGGUUUAUGCGAUGGUUGGCGGAAAUUUACACGAUGGUAAUGUAAUUUUACAUUAUAUCUCAUGUAAAAGUGCACUAAUAAUUUAUGUGCACGAUUUCUCGCUGAAUUUUAAUUACAUAUUUUUUUUUGUGUGCAUGUGUUUUUUACGUUUUAUAAAUUUUAGUGAAAAUUUCUCUCUAAAAAUCCCUAAAAAUCCUUACUGGGAAAUGUUUUAAUGUUACUUCCGAGUUACUUGUGUUUAGAGAAGGAAUUUUGAAAAAAAAAAAUUUUUUUGAACGAUGUUCUCUAAGGUUUAUCCAAUUUUUAUAUUUAUAUUAAAACUAUCAGUGUUUUUUUUUUAUUUUCAUUCUCUCAAAACAAAUUAAACAUUCCAGGAAUUCCUCCAUAAAUUCCACCGGAUGUUUCAUCAAAAUUUUUGCUGGGUUUCUUCAAGAAAAGCUUUCUAAAAAUAUUUCAGAAACUCCUCAGAAUCUCCUUAAGAAAUUAUUUAAAAAAAAUCAAAUCCAAAAUUCAUCUGGAGAUUUUUUCUGAAAAUUCUCGGAGGAUUCCUUUAGAAAUUCCUCCAGGGAGGCUUUCAAGAAGUUAUCAAAUUCCUAGCUUACUUAGUCAAAGGAUUCCUCCCGAUAUGUCUAAAGUGGUUUUAUUCAAAAAUUUACUUCAAUAGUGAUUCCCGCAAAAAUAUCUAUAAGGAUUACUUGCAAACCCUUUAAUAAAUUUCUUCAGUAAUUCCACCAUGGAUUAAUAUGGAAAAUUUCACAGAGAUUCCUUUAGAAAUUACUCCGGGGGUUCUUUCAGAGAUGUCUCUGAGAAUUCUUUCAGAAGUUCUUCUAGGGAUUUUAUAUAAAAAAAAAAUCCUCUAUGGAUUUCUUUAGAAAUCGACCACGAUAAAAUAUAUAUUAUUUCUGCUAGAAAACCUUGCAUGUCCUCAUAAUUUACACCAGAAAAUUAUAAAUUAGGAAUUUAUUCAGAAAUUUCUCCAGAUAUUCCGUUAGAAAAUCUGCUAUUGACUUCAUCCAAAAAUACUUCAAAGGUUUAUUUUGAAAGCCUUGCAUGGAUUUGUGGGGUGUGAAUAUAGUUUAGUGUUAUUCCUUUUGCGUGUCUUUCCCCUAGCAAGCAGUCAGUGACAGCCAGCACCAGGGUCGUGCAAUAAGGCAAUCCAUGAGACAGAUGCGAUCAGCUGAUUUUCUUUGUUUACCAUGUAUUUUUGACAUUCGUCGAUCGGGGUGACAGUUGAUCACAAAGGAAUUUGUUAAGCACUGAGAACACUCGACGAAAAUUUGGUAAGUUGCACGUACACUGUGUUUACAAUUUCAGCUGUCACCCCCAUCGCGAUAUGUCGUCAUGGAUUGCCUUAUUUCGAAAGGAAAACAUGACGUACGACGACUGUAGCAAAUCGUUUCCCAUGCGAACGGACUGCUGUGAUGCUUCAUCUCUCACCCAGCAACACACUCGUUCGUUGCUGCUACAGAAACAAGUGUGUAUGAAACAUGGGAUGAUACACUUGGAUUUUCGUUUCAUUUAUGAGUCAUUGAAAUACUUCAACAUGCUAAAAACACUAUUUAAACCACAUUUUUAAAUAGUGGUGCACGCCAAUAGAAUGAUAAUUCAGGCCAAACAUGUCUAAAGGUCCUAUCUGCAGAAGAGAGGCUCUCUUUGGUUUCCCUCUCUUUCGUUAAUAUCUCAGCUGUUUAUUGGUAUUAUGAUUGUCUCCUUGCAUUUAACGCUGGUCAAAACAAUCGUCUCUUGAUUUGUACUACAAAAAUAGUUGAAAAGUGUACCAUUACAAUGCAAUAAGCGAAAGAGAAAGUGAACAAAGAGAGCCUCUCAAAUGCAGAUAGGACCUAUUGAAAUGUUUGGCCUGAAUUAUGUUUUAUGAAAGAGGAUAACAAAUUCGACCACUUAAAUCCAAUUAACCGGCGCCCGUAACCAUUGAGAGACUAGCGCGCACCAGUGAGACACUAAUGCGCUGACGGGUGAAGCACAAGCAAUGCGACCGGGUGGGAGACUACCGAGUGCUACGAUGAGUGGAAAAGUUUUUUUUAACGACCGAGUCAUUAGAAAAAUGUAUGAAACACUUGAAGUGACUCAUUCAAAUGUUGCAUGAAAGUGUAUCAUUGAAACGAAAUUGUACGCCCCUGGCCAGCACCAUGACGAAGGAACCUGUUAUUGGAUAAUUCUAGUAAAACCAAUAGAACCUAUUGCCGAAAAUUGGUAAAAUAAAUCGUUUGAAGAUUGCUGAAAACCCCUGAAACUCAAUUAAAUAUUUUUGAAAACAAAAUUCAGUAAAAGAAAAAAUACUAAAAAAUACUGUUAGAUUUCCUAAAUAUUCAUAGAAACUCCAAAAUACAACUUUUGAAGAAACUUUGAAAAAAUGAAUAAUCACAAGCUUUAGCAAAUUAACAUUGUGUAAUUGUUGUGGGGCGCCAUGCUGAAUGCUUGCCAAGGGUGCCGUGGGACCACGCUACGGCUCUGGGAGUCAUGUAAACCUGGAGGAUGCAGACAUUCUAUGUAGUCUGUGUGUUAACCCUCGAGCAAUCACGCUGUUGUAUUUUGUACAACACUUUGAAAAAAUCUCGCUUUGUGUACUCAGCAUUAGCGUGGUGGUACCACCGCCAAUCGCGUGAGUUACGGAAGUUUAGAAAAAGCAUAUGAGUCUCUUAGCCAGCUAGCUGUGAGAUGAGGUUACAAUGGCAUCCCUAAUAAACAAACACCAUACACAGACCACAAUGUAGACGGUUCAACAAUACCGUAUACUGUUCGAAUUGUAUCCCGAAUGGGUGGUUGAUCACGUCUUAUGUUUAUCAUUUAUGAGGGAUAGUAAGGCUGAAAGAUUGCUGAAUGAAAAGAAUAUAAUGGAAGAAAAAGAAGCUUGGCGUAACGCCCCCACUGGGUAAAAUACUGCUUCUCAGCUUAAGAUGCUCGUACACGCUUUACCCAGACGCCAAAUAUUUGACCAUUUUUGACAAAUAUGUUUUUUUCGAGUUGUUAGCUUUACUGUUCUAUUAGAACUUCCAUAGCUGAGAGAAUUCUCUGCCCAUAAUCAUUCCGAUUUUGUAUAUCGUGUAACAGAUAUGAUGAUACUCUUUAUUCCAAAAAGUCAAACACAUUUCCAUUACGAAAAGAUCCUGAACCGAUCGGGAUUCAAAACCGUCUCCCCCAGUAGUCGUGCAGAAUUUCCCACAUGCCAACCAUUUCAGCUAUAUGGGUCCAGACUAUGCAACAAAAACUACGAUUUUUCCACUGCCUCAAACAACCCAACUUCUCCAUGACAUGAUAUGGUGAAUAUUUAUUCACCGGAAUCAUCGGCUGACAAUUUUUUUUUUGUUCUUGUCAUGGAAAGAGAAGGAUUGAAUAAUUAAAUCAACCGGUGAGCUCGUAGCACUGUGAGCAAUGCGGAUAUGUUUUACCUCUACUGGAGUAGAGAGGUAGGACAGUUCCAAUCGAAUCAUUCAUUGGCAAACGAUAUCACCUUCCAGCGCACCGAUGAUCGUACUGUUAUCAUCAAUCAUACUGUCAUACCCAAGCGUGUGGCUCCCGACCACCUCUUCUACUACACUCCGGCGGGGACGACGGCAAUGAAGCUGCGACAACGACGACGACGGUGCAUGAGUGGGAUGAAUGGGGUAUUUCUGUAUAAAUCAAAUAAAUAAUAAAACUUCACCACUGCGCUGAUGGGGUUUUUUCGUCGUUCGUCACCGCACACUCUAGCCGUACACCAUUCUGGAAGGCACCAGGUUUCUCACCGUAUCAAACGUUGAAGUUAAACGGCUUGAAUGGUGAAUGGUGCGGAAAGUUUUUGCUCUUGAAAAUAGACUUUUCCCUUUUAGUUUUGGAUAUGGAGAAAGAUAUAAGUAAGAAAACCUGAAAAUAUGAAUAUUUGGAUUGGGUUUAUCAGGAUUAUGUGAUUUGAAAGCUAUAGUAAGCACUAUUAUGAUUUAAUCCUUUUUUGCUGUUUCAUUCAUGGCACAAGUUCAAGGACGACUCAAACAUGAAUUAAGUUUUUUUUACGUAAUCGUUGAAGAGUAUCUUUGAUGUUUUCGGCAGAUUUGCUGUCUUCGUCAAUUACUAGGCUGGAACUUGGCCGUAUAGUUCAGUUUGAUAGGGAAAGUUUUGAGGACAAUUUUGAGUUCAACAGGUUUCUCCGACCACCUCUUCCGUUUCCAUUGCCUCUAGGUCUAGCGUCCAUUCGGGGCCACCUAGAAGACAUUGCUUCGGAGAGAGGCUAGAGCCCAACGUACCCUCGAGGUGAGCUGCAUAGCAUUGCAGCAACGAACAUCAUUCAGAAGGACAUGCACUUUCAGAAGGGCACCAAAGAAAUGUACUGGCGCAUUGUCAGCUUCCUGGAUCCGUCCCCUUUGUCCUCGGAAGGUUGACAGAACCGACACCACGCCUGCUCCCAACUGAUUUGUAAGUAUCAAGAAAUGAUACCGAGGGCACUGCGCUUUGACGUCCAUACGGCUAAGGACCCUUUUUUCUUCUUCUAAACCAUGACGGGAUAAUCUGCUCAACAGACACCUGAACAGGGAGCUCCAGGUAGUGUGGGGAUUACUCUUUCCAGACGCCACUAAACAACAUUCGCAUGACCGCCAAAUCCUUUGCCUUUCCAGAAACACCAAGAAGGCAUUGCUUCAGAAAGAGGCUAGUGCACAGUGUUAAUUCGUUUUUGGGCGUCCACCAAGGUGGCAUGUCGCUUAGCCAGUUUCCCGAGUGGUCGUCACCACUCCCUUUGUCCUCGGAAGGCAGACAGGGUCGACACUAGAGGUGGGCAAAACGGCUCACUUCAGUGAUCAGAACCGAGUCGGAUCAAUCACUCUAGUGAUCCGGAUCUUCUGAACGGAUCUGCGGCUCAGUCAUGAAUGACCGAACCGCACUGAGCAGUUAUAACUUUACGACAUGUGCUUUUUCCUCUCACCAAGUAAACGCAGCUAAACUGUCAGCGGUGGCUCCGAACCCUCACCACUACAGUCGUAUACCCACCACGUUCUGUUCCCUGGCGAAGGGUGCGGCCAGAGUGGACGCGUCACGCGACGCGUGACGCCUUCGCUGAUCACCGAUUGCUGCUCCGACUUUCGGUCGUUCACAACUACCACCUCAGUUUUGUGGUGAGUUAAUUCCAGCUUCCUGGAGCUUAUCCAUGCCUCCACAACUGGGAACGAAUAGGCUGCAGUCGAAUCCACUCUUCGAUAAAUUUACCGUAGACCUGCAGCGCAAUGUCGUCAGCGAAGCCGACAAUCUCCACUCCCGCCGGGAACUUCAACUUCAACACCUCGUCGUACAUGACAUUCCAUAAUACCGGACCCAGGAUGAAAACUUGCGGGACUCCUGAGGUGAUGUAAAAUCACUUCCGACCCACCUCUGUAUCGUAAACUAGUACUCGACUCCGGAAGUAGCUUCCAAGAAGCUUGUUCAGGUACCCGGGUAUCCCCAGACACAGGAGCACGUCAACAAUAGCUGACCAACUGGUGCUAUUGAAGGCGUCCCUUACAGCCAGAGUCAGAACUGCACAGUAGCGAAUCCCCCUUCUCUUACGUUGGAGGGCUAUUCCGAUGGUUUUUGUAAACAACAUGAGGAGCCGAACUGGCUACUAGAGAGACCUUACAGCCUAAGUGUGCCUCAACAUUCUGUUGAGCAUGAUCAUUUCGAACACCUUCCCCGCCGCAUCGAACAAGUAUAUUAGUCUAUAUGCCGACGGGUCCCCGGGUGGUUUCCCCGCCUUUGGCAAUAGAACCAGGCUCUGCCUCUUCUAUACCUCUAUACUUCUGGAAAACUCCCUUGUCCGGACAUUUCUGUAUAGCAGACUUGAACAUCCCGAGAGCCUCAGGAAUAGCUACUUUUAAGGUCAGGUUCGGAACUCCGUUUGGACCUGGGGCCUUACCUACGCUAAGGGACUUUGCUAUCCCCACAAGUUCCACAUCGGUUACCCUCUCCUCAUCGCCAGCAUCAGCCCCGGCUGUCCACAAUCGCUUGAAUCCACCAGUAAGCAGGUGGUCUCCCAUUUCUUGGGUGAACUUUGACAGGCAUAGUCGCAUCGCACGCACGCUAAAGCACCGCUACCAGCGCGUCUAAGCUAGAACCGGCGCAGUGCUACUUUGUUUGAAGUAUGAUGGCUUCCACAUACAAGGGCUUGGCCUUGGUCUAAUUGCCUCUUCCUCCAUCUGCCUGUGGUUGUGGUAGUCGAUACUGUAGCGAACCGUCAAGUGAUCGCUGUGAGUGUAACCAUUAUCUACCCCUCUCAUGUUCAAACCACUUGUAAGGCCAGGGCUACGAAAAAGUUUCAUAGAUAAUCGUUUCCCCUGCUUUCCGACAAAUGGUACCUAUUCUUGGAACCGACAAUAGCCAGAUCAACAUCUGGCAUAGCCAGUGUCUCUAGCAGGAUCUGAUCCCGCAGGCUCGUGAAACGUCUUCCCCAUUCCACGGCCCAGGCAUUCAAAUCACCUGCUAUUACCAUCGAUUUUCGCCCUGCCAGCACGGUCGUCAUACAGUCCAGCAUCUGAGUAGGCGCAUAACAGCUACAGAAGAAGACUCCGUUUACUUUGCCAACCACGAAGCCUUCGGAGUAGUAGACACCAACACCUGGACGGGACAAUUAUCCGUAGUCCAUAUCGCCGUCAUUUUUUCGGACCCAUCCGCAACCCAGUUGUCGUUGCUGGCGGGUACUCGGUAUGGGUCCACUAUGAUGACGAUAUCCAUCCCCGACAAAGAAGCUGCCUGUCAAAGCAGUUGCUGGACUGCGUCACAGUGGUUCAGGUUCAGCUGUGCUACCUGCACUGUGAUUUGUCAGCUAUGGCUUCUCUGAAGGCCGAGCACCUUGGAGCUCCCGUUGGAUGCUUGUUGCUCACGGAUUUACCGGAACAAAUCAAACACGUCAGUGGAUUCGGCCAACCUUGUGCCUUGUAGCCGCAUCGCCUGCAGAGCUUGCUCCUGUCAGGGCCUUUGCAGUCCCAUGGCUUGUGUCCUGGUUCCAGACAUCUGAAGCAAACUUUCGGUGGCUCAUAAAAGGUCAGAUGGCAUACUGACCAGCCUACCUUGUUGGCAUCCGCCACAGGUAGCUAUUCCAAGGCUACCUGUGUCCCUGCCGAGCCCUUCCGUAGCCAAACGGCUGCGGUGGCCACCCGCACCUUGCAGUGUUGCUGCAGCGCCGUGACGAUCUCUUCCGCUUCGGUGAUCUCGUCUGGGGUUUCCACUUUACGCUCUUAUAGCUCUCAUCUCGACAACCUGAUUCUUCUGCCUGACUUUUGUAGGCGACGCCUUCUCGUUCAUUGUCGCAUUUGAGCUCGUGGAUCUUUUCACCUGUACGAGUACGUCGGCUCCCAGAUCCACGAGCUUGGCGUAGCUCCUCAUCGCCUUCAAGGCUUCUGAGUACUUGAACUGUUCAGUCUUGACGACGAGUGCCCUUGAUUCCUAUCCUUCUACGGCUUUUUGGUUUGGCGUUCCUACACACCUCCUCAUGUAGGUAGCGGUUUUUUCUACUUCCUCUUCCACUCAACUGUCGCCCAAGGGGGGUCCUCCCCUUGGUUCGCCAUACUCCGUGGUAGCUGAUGGCCUAACUACGGUCGCAAUCCCCUGUUCCCUUUCAUCUGGUACGGGCCAACCUUUUCAGGCCCAUCCUACCCAGCUUUCCGGGACGCCUGGCUGGGGUCUGACUUGCCGGCAUUACUGCCAGCCUUCGGGAUUAGUAUCCGGCUAGCCUUGCGGGCACCGCCAGACAGCUCCACACCUGACGGUUGCGUCACCGCCUUCUGCGAGUGUUUAUCAAAAGCAGUCGCAUCCUCCAUACCUUUUGGGCUACCUUCGAAAGCGUAGGCCUCCAUCAUGAGGGUUCGUCAGGCCACGUAACUGUAAUCCCUGCUGCCUCAAAAGUGUGGCAGGAACAAAGAUAGUCUAUGCCCAAGGAAGUCAAGGAAAUCCACUUUACGAAAAUUUCCUGGACCAACCGAGAACCAAUCCCGUCAUUUUGAUAGAAUGUUUAUGUUCCGGUGUCUCUACUCGCAGCAAGCACGGAUGUUUCAAUUGAAUACUGUACUUGAUCGUAAAUAUUGAAGAGUCAAUACUGGAACAAAUGCGAAAGGCUCUGGAAGAGCGAACCACCCACAUAACUCGUUUUCAUUUGCUUCUCAAUAUUUAUUUCGAGUCAAGAUUUGAACGACUGACUCUGACUGAACAUUUUAUAUUUCAAUCAACCUCAGUUAGAGUCUCAACCACAGAUUCAAGCUGGACUGGAUUCAAGGCUUUCUUUAUCAUUCUUCUGCUAUAAACUUCCACUCUAGAGUGAUUCUAUACCACACUUGUUGGGUUGAUGAGAAAAAUGUUUGCCGUCUUGGGGGGCGUCCAUAAAUGACGUAGCUUUUUUUGAGCGAUUUUUAAUACCCCCUCCCCCCUCGUAGCAUUUCGUCACAAAUUUAGACAUCCCCCUCUAUAAAUGACGUAGCUUGUUAAACACCCCCCCCCCUCAACUAAAUUUUCAUGUAAAAAACAACUCGAACUUAGCUCAGAUUUCAAUUUUAACUUGUAUGCUAAUAGAAUAUUAUGAAAAAACAACAAUAGCAAGAAACAUUGCCGACUUCAAGGUUCAGAUCGGCGACAUCAAGACCACAGGUGCAACCAGUGGAGAUUAUCACCAAAGCUAAUGGCUCAAUAAACCACCCAUCGUUCUGCUACCAUAUUAGCCGAGAAGCUCUUCCGAAGAUAUUAGUUUGUUCACUAAUAAAUCUAUUAAGAAUUUCAAAUUGAUUUCAUUUGAAUAAAACUCACCACGACAUUCGAAGGACCCUGCAGGAGUUUCUUCUAAAAUUCUAACAGCAGUUCAUUUUGGAAUUACUAGAGAAGUUUAUUUUUGGGAUUCCCAUUUUUGUGAAUGUCUCGCUUUUUAGUUCCUCCAGCACUUCCUUCUGGGAUUUCUCCAAGGAUUUUUUUUGGUAUUCCAUUAGAAAAUUCCUCCUUAUUGUAUUCCUUCAGAGGUUCCUUCAAAGAUCCCUCCAAUAAUUCAUUCCGGAGUUCCUUCUUAGAUUCCUCCAAAAGCUCCUUCUGAGAUUUCUCCAGGAGUUUUUUUCCUAAGGUUUUUCUAAAAGUUUAUCCAUGGUUUCCUUCAGGAGUUCUGUCAAGGUUUUUUCUCCUCUCUUCCACCAGCAGUUUCUUUAGACAUCUCUACAGGGAUUUUAACUGGAAUUUCUUUUGAGAUUCCAUCAGAACUUCUUUCUGUGUUUCCAAAAAAUUUCUUUUCGGGAUUCCUCCAGGAGUUCCUUCUUGGCUUCCUUCAGGAAUUCACUCAGAUAUACAUUCCAAGAUCUCGGUAGGCAACCCCUCCGGUAAUCUUUCAAAACCCUCCCAAGAGUUACUUCUAUGAUUCCUCCAGGUGUUCCGUUUUGGAUUCCUUCAGGAAUUCCUUCCUGGAUUCUUCUGGGAUUCCUCGAGGACUUUUUUCUAGGAUUUAUCCAGGAUUUUUUUUUCCCGGGGCUCCUUCAGUAACUUUUUCCAGCAUUCCUCCAUUCACUCCAUCCAGGAUUCCUCCAGGAUAUCUUAGAAUUCUGCGAGGAAUCCCUUUACGGAUUCCUCCCAUAGUUGCUUCUGGAAUUUCUCCAGGAUUUUCUUUCUUAGAUUUCACCAGGAGUUAUUUAUAUCCAGAUAAUCUUUUGUGAUUCCCCAAAAGUUAUUUCCGGGAUUGCUUCAGAAAUUCCUUACGGGAUUCUUUCAAUUAUUUCUUUCGUGCUUUCUUCAGAAAUUAAACCAGGAGUUCCUUCUGACAAUCUACAAAUAUCUCCAUCUAAGAUUCUUCCAGAAGUUUUUUCAAGAUUUCUUCGAAAGCUUCAUCUAGAAUUGCUCCAGGUACUCCUCAUGGCAUUUCUAUUGAAAUUUAUCUAUUUCCUUUCAAGAUUUUUCCAGGAGAUCCUUCUGAAAUUCUUCUGGAAGUUCCUUCAAGGAUUCCUUCUGAGAUUCCUCCAGAUCCCUUUAGAAUGUUUUCAGAAGUUUUUUUUCUGGGAUUCCUAGUAGGAAUUCCUGUGAAAAUGUUGUCUCUCUCCUGUUGGGAAAACCUUUAAAGAAUACAAUGAGAAAUUCUUUACAAAAUUGCUAGAGGAGCUCCUUAUUCAAUUGUUGGAUGAAUUCUUCGAGAAAGUCCUGUGGAAACUAUAUCAGGAACUCCUGAAAGAAGUAUAGAAUUAGCUUUUAGGUAAAAUACACAUUAAUAAAAACAAAAAAAAAACUCCUGAAAUAAUGCCGUAAUGACAAAAAAAAUCUUUUGCUACCUUAGCGGCGUGCAGUGCCCUAUAGCAAGCAGCAAACUAAUUGGUCUUAAGAAGCAUUUGAGCGAAAUUGAUUUUUGUCUGCAAACACAAUACACUAUUCUUUACGCAGGAUUUCAAAACCACUAGUGCAUAAAGUGCAAUGCAAGUAAAAAAAUAUUAAUCAUAAAAUAUUGUUUUCAAUAGGUCUAGUAGAAAGCUACGUAGCAUAUCAUAAACCCCCACCCCCCUAUCGUCACACUUCGUCACAAAAUCACAAACACCCCCCUCCCCCCCAAAAAGCUACGUCAUUAAUGGACGACCCCUUGCAAGCCCAAAGAGAGAAAAAAAGCAAAUAGAAGGUCUUGAAAAUUUUCCUAUCCCCGACGAAAAAACCCCAAGCUGCUACGCAACCCAUCAUCAACCCGCAAAAUAUAUAUAAUAUGAGGGAGAAUGUAUCUCGGUUGGCUAACAUCUUUCAUCAAUCAAAUAGAAUAGAGACAGGUUUUUGAUCGAGGUUCCGGCCACCACAAACCGGGGCGAGGCAAUCCAAAAUGAACAUGUGAGCACCAACCGUCGUCGGCGGCAAGGAACUAUCCACCAUUCAGGGUAGGAGAGAAAAAAAAAACGACGCAGAAUGAAAAAUUGUUCACAAUGGCAGCCAGGGGGCGCAGGGUGGAAGGUUUGAUGCUGUAGAAUGAACCGGAAAGUGGUGCAUAUUCCAAAGGCAUUGUGGAAAAUGAAGGGUCAAUAUUAAGCAAAUAAGCCGGAACUCCUAGUUGGGAUCGGUAUCCACAAUAACGUCGAAUAAUGUGGGAAGAUUUAUCAUCUUUGAUGGGAGCAGUAAAAGGGUGUUUGGGGCGAACAAUAACCGCAAGUUGAAAAGGUGCCGUGUGCAGUAUACGAAACUAAAAGUGCGGGAAUUUGUGUGCGCUGUAUUAUCUAAUGUUUUACCCUCGAUGUAAUGUGAAAAUACCAUUUCAAUUGUAAUCAUCACUUAUUUUCAUUGUGCAGCCGCGUUCGACGGCAGAAUUUCACUUUUGAUUAAAUUUUAAAAUCUCCUCACACCAACACCCGAACCAAUCUGACCGGAAAUCAAAUUGCGCGACUGACUGUCAACUGGGGACGACCACGGUUGUAGCAUAUUUUUUCAAGUGCUUUUGAUAUCCCAGCAUUACCAGUGGACCACUGCACUGGACCAGGUGUUGUCUGGCUUCAACAAGGGACGAAAUCAUCAAAAAUCAAACCACGCUGCUCUGUUCAGCGCUGCCCUGCCAUCGUCGUCGUCGUCGAGUGUUGUCGAAUGCUGGAAAGCACUGCAAUCAAACUGGAAACAGUACUCACAAGUCAGCCAGAAGGCCCCACACAUCCACACCUCGAAAAUAUAUUAAUCACCACCAUUGACAUUUUAUGAUACAUUGUCCUACGGAUCAAAGACUGACGGUUGUUGUUUUUUAAUUUCUGCCCCGCGAGGGCCCAAUGAUGUACGCGGGUAUGAGUUCGCUUCGAUGACAUUGUUUGCAUACAGAUUUUACAGUGCAUACUCACUCAUAGUCAAUCUGAGCUACAACAAAUGAGGAUUAAAUGAGUUGUUUCACGUUAAAGUAAAAAUAAUUAUUGAUUAUUCAAGGACAAACUGAUUCAAUUGAUCUUGUGCCAUUCACAAGCGAUAAAACCAAUUUAACUUGUUUUUUGCCGAACAUGAAUGUUAGACGGCGACAUAUUUGUGAAUCUACAACGAAAGGACGAUAAUAGGGGUCUUGAAACCAUAUAUUGCAAUAUGAUUCUAACGAUUUUUUUUUUCAAUUUUCAUUGGCUGUGAUUGAAGACAUAUAACUAUUAUUAUUUUUUGGCCUUGUUCCCCAUCUUUAGUUUUCAAAACAUAAUUUCAGUGAAUUUUGCUUACCGUGUACGUUAAAUAAGAACAUUUCGACAAUGAUUUUUCUUAAGGGCCUAACUGACUUGAUCGAUUUUUCUUCGUCGACUCUCUCUUUCGCUAAUAACUUGAUCAAAACAAACAAAAUCAUUAUUCUUUUUGUUUCUAGAGCAAGAUGUAGUCGUAGUCUUCGCAUUUCAACCAAAAAAUCUUUGGAAAACUUAAUACACUUUUCGUAAUAACACAAAAAGAGGAUCGAUGAAGAGAAAUCGAAACUGUCAGUUAGGCCCUAAUGAAGAAUCAGUGACGAUUUCUCUUCCUAUCUAACGUACCGGGAAAAAAUUGUCGGAUUCUAUCACUCAAAGGCCGAUCUCAAAUGUCAAACUAGAACUUUAAAUUUCGAGUCUGUUCUUCAUUCUUCUUUUGAAGAUCGGGAAAGUCAAUAUUUGUUGCAGUGCAAAUAUAUUUCGUAAAAAAACAUUAAUUUUUAACCCCGUUCCAAACAGCCAACAGCAGUCAACUUCCAGGCUCUUAAUUAAGGUCCACAGAGUGCGAUGAAAAACAAAAACUUGUAAUCUAGGGAGUGUAAGCGCGCAUCACAAAAUUACAACUCAAUCGUCAAAAUAUUCAAGACUGGUCAUCACGAACAAAAGAAAGAGAAAACAAGCUCACUAAGCGACUGAAUCUUUGUGUCAAAAAUUAAACAUUGAAAUUUAUCACAACUGACACGGACAACACGGAUGUUACUAUAGCCACAGUUGUUCUAACUAAACGGUAACUUGAGUAAGUUAUCUGAUAAUCCAUUUUGUAAUGAAAGAUGUAAAUAAUCAAACAAAAAAAAAAUACUCAGAAGAACACUAACGGGAAAUCAAAUGAAAUCAAAUCAACCAUUUUGUUACAAAAAAAACAUGUUGUGUAAAUACUGUACAUAGUGAAGGAUAGAAAAUUAUUGCCGAUUAAAUAAUAUGACAA